GGUCUAGUUGAAACAGGACUAUGAGGUUAUCUUGUAGAUUAAUAAGGUUGCCCUUAGGUCUGGUUAGUAGACAACUAUGGAAUUAUUUUGGAGAAAAAUGAGGCAGUGGUCUGGUCUAGUUGGUUUAAUAAGGUUCAGAGUGAAUGGUGUGUAUUCGUAUCUAGGCAGUACACUUCUUCACAAGCUCAUUAAAGGUAGUCUUCACUUUCACUUCACUGAAGAUGAAAGCAUAGCAUCUGUAAGUGGGUGGAGCAAGAUCAUGUUUCAUCUGAUCAAACUAGAGACAAUAGACUUCCCUGUCAUAAAAGCCACAUUCCGAUCACACUCAGAAGGAACUCUACCUCUCAACAGACAGGAAAUUACUGGCAUUCCAGUUUCUCUUCUUCUAAGCAGAUAUAACAGGCUGGGCUCCAAGGUACUACACGGAAUUUGGAAAAUCACAGUUUUGGUCUACAUAAAUUAAAACCAGUCAGGGGUUUACCUCAGAACUCAGACCUGAUGGAAUAUUACACUGUCCCUUCACAACAUGGCAAACAAAUGCCAUUAAAGACCGUUGUUAGAGAUCGUCUGUCAACCCUUGACGUUGUGUGGGCUAAUAAGUUUGAGGGUGAAAACAUCAGUCCAGAAAAUGCCAAAGAGAAAGAAUCAGAAUUUUACAGAGGUUCACCACCACAGUGGCUGAACUUCUAUUGGGCUGAAAAGGAGGGGUCCCCCUUUGUUAAACGUGAUAUGUAUGAAGUAAUACGGAAGAAGAUUGACAUAAACAAACAGACGAGCAGAAGCAUCACUCAUGUCAACUUAUUCCACCGACCCGGAAGUGGAGGGUCCACUCUGGCCAUGCAGAUACUAUGGGACCUGAGAAAAAAGCUCAGGUGUGCCAAAGUGGUCGCUUCUACAACAGACACGAAGGCUGUUGCAUGUCAAGUGGUGCAGUUAUUCAGUGCAGGUGGUCCUGAAAACCAGAACACUGUUCUGCUUCUUCUAGACAAUAUAAGUGAUGAGCCUUCAUUUGAAAAAAACCUUGAAGACAAUCUCAUUGAUGAGAUAAAGGCAAGAAAUGUCACUACCACUGUCCCUGUGGUCAUCAUUUUAAACUGUGUCCGUCAGCUCACAACAACAAGGAGCACAACACUGUGCACAAGUCUUUCAGAAGAGGAGAAAAACAAACUGAAGGAAAAACAAGCUGAAAUCAUUCAAAGACAUGGAGACAGACAUACUAAGUUCCACGCUUUUAACAUUAUGCUGGGCAAUUACAAUCCAUCUGUUGUUACAGAGAUCUGUACAAUUCUCCAUCCUAUUAAGAAGAGAAAGAGGUCUCGUAAAGCGCAACUUUUAGCAUAUUUAGCACUGAUUAAUUCAUAUGCCCCUGGUUCUUCUCUCUCCCCUGAUAUAUGUCAACGGUUUCUUGAUAAGAAAAGUCUUGGUCUUGGCAGCUUCUCCUUGGAGCAUCAAAUGCAACCCUUCACAGACAUUCUGGUCAUAUUCUCUACCCAGGAGAAAGAGAACAGGGGUGAGGAUCACGUACGCAUGGCACACCCCAUGAUUGCUGAGGAAUGUUUACAAUUACUGACUUCAGCUGGUGUAACGAGAAGUAUCAUCACAAGGAAUCUCCUGACAGACCUCUGUGAAAACCCAGUGCCAUUGUAUUUGGUAAAAACCAUCAAAAAAAUACUCACAAAGCGGGAAACAAUACAGGACAAAGAUGAAUCUGAAAGAGAAGACAAGGAGACAAUCAAACGUGAGUCUGGAAAACAGGCUAAAUUUUCUAGAUUGAUCCAAGACAUUAAAGCAAAAGAAAGCACACAUAUGUGUGUGUUAGUCCUGAAAAGUGCCUCAAUGAAACUUGAUAAAGAUCCAUUUCUUCCACAAGCUCUAGCCCGAUUCUAUUACAUUGAGGAGAAAGAUUAUAAAAGAGGUGAAAAUUGGGCUAAAACUGCAAUUGAGAGGGAUGAAAAGAACUCUUUCAUUAGAGACACGCUUGGACAAGUGCAUAAAAACCACCUCAAGAACCUUGUCAUGAAUACAGAAUGCUCACCAAGACAAAUCUUGACGACUGGAAAGAAAGCGACUGAGUCUUUUGAAGAUGAGGCUGAAGCUGCUGUGAAAGAGCAAGCACCAGAGAUGAAAGAUCAUGGUAUGACAAAUAUAUCUAACUCCUUUAACAACAGGGGCUUGUACGGCUUCCUGGAGGCUGCAGACAUCAUUUUCUACCAUCUUACAAAACAGAACAUGGAAUGGUCCAAGGUUCUUGCGCAAGAAAUAACCCCUCAGACGUUCUUUAAGUCUUGUCCAGCUGAAAAAUGUGAAAAGUAUACUGCUCUACUUACUAGUCUCAGAGAUGAAGUUGAGAAGAAGUUUGAGUUUUUUGAACAGUAUCUUACUUACUCAAAGCCAAGCAUUGACAAGGAUGAGCCAAGUUACUUUCGGCCAAAUGUUGAGAAAUGCUACAACAAAUAUGUAACCGAAAGUGGGCCGGAAAAAACACCGCUGCAGAUCCUGAAAGAAAGAAAGGUCAGCACAUUUGCAGGACUGCUGCACGCUCCAGAUCCAGACCUAGAACUGAUCACAAAACAGUUGAGAGAAUUACAUUUGUAUUCACCGACUGAUGCUGAUGUUGUCCAAAAGUACAUUCUUGCGAACAUCAUCUUGAGUCAAAGAAAUGCCACAUCUCCGGUGCUCAGGCCACUGGGAGAACUUCAGUCCAUUCUAAAGGGAUUCUGGGAAGAACAGAAAGACAAAAGAAGCCCAGAGUUCUACCUCUUGGUCCUUUUGCUGUUUUGGCCUGAUGAGGAGCAGGUCAAAGAGAACUCCCCAGACAUAGCCGAAUGUGUGAAGUAUAUGCUUGUAUCAUUUGAGAGGACGUACCAAAAUUACCUGCGCUCCCGCUUUCUGGUGCCGCUCUUUUUCCUCAGAGGAGGGCGAGGCCUCCAGAAACUUGUCCAUACAUCACGAAUAGACAAAACCUGCAUUGAUCGUAUUCACAAAGGAGAUGAAAGCACCGAAAUCCCAGGUCUUCAACGUGUGCAUGGAUGGGUGCAAAAUUACAAAGUAUUUUUUGUUAAAGGAUUAAAGGGGAUUGAGGUUUCUCCCCAACAUCCAGCCAGCGUCCGUCGCCAAGGAGUGGUCUCUUUCUAUCUUGGCUUCAACAUCAAAGGACCUGUGGCUUACAACAUAAGAUAUGAGCUGUAAAUGUACAGUACUGCGCAGA